AUGGCACGGGAUAUGUCAGAUAAGGAUAUCCUGAAAAUGGAGCUAGAUCAGCUUCAGAAGGAAGUGAAGAACACUAGAGAGCCUGUCUCCAAAACCGCAAAAGAGAUUUGUGAGUGGGUGGAGGGCCAAUCUGCAGAAGAUCCUCUGAUAAAGGGAGUUCCUGAGGACAAAAACCCCUUUAAGGAGAAGGGUGGAUGCAUUAUAACUUAG